CUUAGCGGCUGAAACUGGCGGGCGUCCCUUUCCCACACCAAGAUGGCGGCCGCUCGAAGCGGCGAGGCGAUCUGAGGCUGGCCGCUCCCCCACCCCCUUCCGCCGCGGGGGAGGGAAGGCAAACUUCUGACGGGAGGGGGCAGGUCGCUCCGUUAUCUGCCCGCCGCCACUCGCUGCGUCGACAAAUCCCUCCUCCCCGUUCCGGAGGCUUCUGAAGCCCGCCUGGGGUGAGCGCGCGAAGGGCGAGGGGCCACAGGGCGGCCAACGGCCGGGGCCAGUUCAAACUGAGGAGGCGGGAAAGGGGUCGCGCGGGGUCCUUGCCCCCACCCCCUCGAGGGGCGGGUGCGCAUGCGCAGUGGGCGUGGCGCCUGGGCAGCCCGGGGGCGAGCGGGGUUUGCCGACAGAGGGCGUCGCUGCGCCGCUUGGACCAGGUGCAGUUCAGAAAUGGGCAGCAGCAGCCGCAGGUGAGGAAGCGGCCGGCGACGCGGGCUUGGCCGCUGCUCUUGCCAGCUCUGGGUUCAGAUGCUGCUCCGUGCAGCGGCCCGCAGGCUCCGCCCGCUGCUGUUUUCCGGCCACUGGGGCGAUAAUAAUCGAGGCAUUUCCCUUUGUCGGGAGCGAUGGAAACGAUCCUCCCUACUUUUUAAAACUAUUUGAUUUGAUUUCCUCAGACAAAAGGAGUGUUGUUGCUCCUGGAUCUCUGGCAUCCUUUUCUGGUGUCAAGCCGGAAUGUGCUCCGCUGCCGGGCUCCGAACUCGGUGGCCUUUGUGGAGCUUCGAUUGGAUGCCCAGAAUGAAUGAAUGGGAUGGUGGCAGGCUGGUCCUGAAUGGGGGAGAAAUGCAGGCAUUGACCCAGCCAGAAGGAAGCAGCGGGGCAUGAUUGGGCUCCAGGUCAAGAGUAAAGAGCUGGCCCAGGACUUGCAACAUGGGCUUGGGUGUCCGCCUAUUCUCUAAGGGUGUCGUGUCUGGAAAUAAGCAUCUGCUGGCCCUAAUAUUCAGACGCUUGCUAGUAGAAUUGUAGAGUUGGAAGGGACCAAGAGUCCAACAGCCCUGCAAUGCAGGAAUCUUUUGCCCAACUGGGGCUCGAACCCAUGACCCCGAGAUUAAGAGUCUCAUGCUCUGCCAACUGAGCUAAUCCAGACGUAUGAACAAAUAGAGCUGUUAGUAGGAGAAUAACGCUGGAAACAUGAGUUGCCCCUUUCUGAUCUUAUAAAACCAUGCAACUUCGUAAGUCCCUUGCAGUAGAGUAAUGGGUGGAUGCCUUUCUUCACAUAAAUAGCCAACGCCUGUGUGGACUUCAUGGUAUGGGUGAUACUGUUCCCGUACUGCUUGUGGUAUACCACUCUUCCAGGCACCAUGUCAUUUAAAACUGUUGCUGAUAACCAUUGUAGUUAAAUGCUUGACAGCCUAUCCACUACUGGCAAGUUGGAAGCCUCAGAAGUAUUCCUAUGAAAGAUGGCUGCAUGAUGUAACAAAAUUAAAUUGCUGGGGUUGUUAAAAUCACUUGAGAGGUAACUUGCAAGCGCUGGUUGUGAACACCCAUUUUUACAGGGCUUGCAGCGUCCUCCUCCAAGUGUUUACUCAGAAGUAAAUCCUACUUUGUUCAAGCCCACCUACUGCUAAAUAAGUGUCUAUAGAAUUGAGUUGUCAAUCCUGUAAAUCGUCCAGUCCUUUCUGCCUAUAACCAGGGAGCCCUGCUUUGUACAGGGACCAAUUCUGCUGAGUUACAGCUUAUUGUAUGCUUGUCUGUGUGAGGCCUGACCUUUCAGUAUGGUACAUGAAGAAGUAGAGGCUUGUUUUCUAGCUUACCGGUAUAUGCAAAAGCAAGGUUUCUGAGCUCCCUUUAUUCUGUUAGUGAAUUUGUUAUGAAUGCAUCAUAAAGAAUUAAUGAGGGAAUUCUAAUAUGCAGAUAACUUUUCUUCAAAGUCUUCUUUAUCAGAUGAAAUAUUCCAUUCACAGGUUGAAAUAUUCUUCAGGAACUUUACCCACUAGUUUACAUUAAUAUCUCUAACAGCUGACAUUGGUUAACAUCUUGUAUUUUUGUAUUAUUUGUAAAAUACAUUACUAUAAGGAGGUAAAAACUCCCCCUUUUUAAGAACCUAUGCUUUAAUUCAGCAUUUUUAUGACAGCUGUGUAUAAAUGCAUUCAAAAUUCAAAUGGUUUAUACAGGGGAAAUCAUGUUUAUUCAGGAGCUGAAUCUUUUUAAAUUAUUGUGAGACUCAAAAUAAAAACUGCACAACUAUGCUUUGACAGAUAUUGAAUGUCUGUCAUUUUAAGGGGGAUAAAGCAUUAUUCAAGAACAGAAAUAGCAAGUGCCCCACUUCCUGAAUCAGUAUCCUUCCUGAGGCAGGUUGGGGAAAUCCUGAGCAUCUGAGGUGACAGAGACUGGAAAUGCUGCAGAGGCCCUGGAAAAAGGAUGCUUCUUUCAGUCUUCUCUCUUUCUCCUCCUUUUCCUUCCCUUUUCCUUCCCCAGUUUGGUACUCUGAACAACACCUGUGGGAAUAAUAGGACUAAUGCCUGCUAUUGCUGCACCAUCACUAGCCUCUAAAGUUUGAUAUCACUGAACAUCACACAGGACUGAAAAAUUAAAUUAUUCUCUCCAGUCAAUUCACUUUAUCCUAGUAUAAGAGAUUAUAAAACUCUCAUUCCCUCACCUCCAUGGCUCUUACACACUUUCCUUUAAAAAAUGCAGGAUUCAAUACAGUACUCACCCUGAACACAUUGUAACAAUACAAAAGCCCAAUAUAGUUAUUUGGUCACUGUCCUUGUGUUUCAUUGAAAAAGAUCACAUGGUGUUAAUCUGUUUAAAACUAGUGGAACAGAGGCUUGGUUCUCACCUUGAAAAACAUUGCUCUCCUGCCUUUUAACAUGAAAAUCAGCUAAACCAAACUGCCUGCUGAAUCUGGGAUCUUUCUCCAAGUCCUGGAAUGUCUGGAGGAUAAAGAUAAACUGCUGAGAAGGCACACCACUUCACCCUCCUGCUUCCCAUUUCAUUCUUUAAAAAAAAAAAUCUUCAUUCAGUCCCUUUCUGCAUUAUGAUUCCACUUUAUGGGAGGGUUAUUCUCAUUCUCUGUUUCUUAGACCUUGUCCUGUAGACGGGAACGGGGGAAGGAGCCCAGGCGUGGCAACACAUUCCCAGGCCCCUGCAGGACCACCAUGGCUUAUGAUGACUCCAAGAAAAAAGAAGGUAGGAUUGUUUCAUAGUCUGAGAGGUGUUACGAGGAAAGUACAACCCCCCCCCCCAGUCCGUGGAGUGAGAGACUAAGAAAGAAAGCCAGUGUCCUGCAUGGAUUGGGUUUCUGCAGCAUUCCAGAUCCCUCCCUUGUACUCAGAAAGUUAAGUGUACCUGGAUUGAAACAUGAGUCUCACAAGCUCCAAAGUGCUGAUUAAUUUUUAUCAGGCUUGGCAACAAGCAACACUUCCUAACCCUUGUCAGCUCCGUAGAAUUAUAAUUGGAUUGGGGACUGGAUCCAGACCUUCAACACAGCACAACACAGAUGCCUAGGUCCUCAUUUGGCUGAGAAGCCUUUUCAGUUCUUGCUAUCCAAGGGGGGGGGAACCCAAGAGUAGGAAUAAAACUUCAGCCUUUGAUACGGCAGCCUAAAGCAUUUCCCUAAAGGUUUGGGGCAGUGCUUUACAGUAGUGAGUAGAUUGUGUGUAUGUGUGUGUAUGUGACUGCUUGCUUCCUCUUGUGUAUUGUGUUUUAUCUUUGGCCACAGUGACAGUUGUGAGAGCGUGCCUUGAUUAUUUCUGACCACGCCAGUGUUUCCUCCUUCAGACUGCUUAGAGAGUGACCGAAUUGAUGGCGUGGGACUAGUAGCUGGCAGAACCCAGCGAGAAAAGAAACGUUCCUACAAGGACCUGCUUCGAGAAGAGGAGGAGAUAGCUGCUCAGGUCAGGAAGAAUUCACAGAAGAGGCUGAAGGUGAGAGAGUCUGAGAAGAGAAUGAGAAAAGCUUGUCAGUCCAACUUUGCCUCUCCCAGCCCAAUUUGAACUGCUCUGUUGGUAGUAAAUGCCACAUUAAGAGAAAUGAGAGAACAAGAUUCUUGGGGUUAUAGAAACAGAUGUAGAAGUCAUACUAUUUCCCUAUUUUAGAAAGUUCAAUAAAAUGGUAUCCCCUUCUAAAAACUAGGAUGAGAUGAAUGUAACUUUUUAUCAUCCACUCAUCUUAAACUGCUGUUUGAAUUAGAGAUUGAAUGAUCAUUACAGAAUAGAAAUUAUUCUUUUGGAUACAUAGGUCAUCAUUAUAUAUAUUUUUUUAUAUAUAAAUAUUUAUUAAAGUUUUCACAAUAUUACAUAAUGAAAAAGAAAAAAGAAAAAAUACAAAAUAAAAAACAGUUAAAAACAAUUCCAUCUUUUUGUCACUUAUCUUUCAUUUGCUUGUUUCCCGGACCUCCUCAUACCUCCCUUUUUGUAUUCCAGUUCAAUUUAUUAGUUCAGCAAUUCCUUUCCCUCCUUAUUUUAUCCUGAUCCUUAAUCUUAAUAUAUUAUAGCAUUAAAUUUUUACCUGUUAAAAAUCCAAUUCUUUCAUAUUCUUUUAUACCAUUACAGCUAGAAACCACUUAACUUCAAUCCAACAUCAUUCUAACAUUCGUUAAUUUUGCAAUAUUUCUGUAAAUAGUCUUUAAAUUUCUUCCAAUCUUCUUCCACCGACUCUUCUCCCUGGUCUCGGAUUCUGCCAGUCAUUUCCGCCAAUUCCAUAUAGUCCAUCACCUUCAUCUGCCAUUCUUCCAGAGUGGGUAGAUCUUGUGUCUUCCAGUACUUUGCAAUGAGUAUUCUUGCUGCUGUUGUGGCAUACAUAAAAAAAGUUCUGUCCUUCUUUAACACCGAUUGGCCGACUAUGCCCAGGAGAAAGGCCUCUGGUUUCUUCAAGAAGGUAUAUUUAAAUACCUUUUUCAAUUCAUUAUAUAUCAUCUCCCAGAAAGCCUUAAUCCUUGGGCACGUCCACCAAAGGUGAAAGAAUGUACCUUCAGUUUCCUUACAUUUCCAACAUUUAUUAUCGGGCAAAUGGUAGAUUUUUGCAAGCUUGACUGGUGUCAUGUACCACCUGUAUAUCAUUUUCAUAAUAUUCUCUCUUAAGGCAUUACAUGCCGUAAACUUCAUACCUGUGGUCCAUAACUGUUCCCAGUCAGCCAUCAUUAUGUUAUAUCCAACAUCUUGUGCCCAUUUAAUCAUAGCAGAUUUCACCGUUUCAUCCUGAGUAUUCCAUUUCAACAGCAAGUUAUACAUCUUUGACAAAAUCUUAGUUUUGGGUUCUAACAAUUCUGUUUCUAAUUUUGAUUUUUCCACCUGGAAGCUGAUUUUCUUAUCCAAAUUGUAUGCCUCCAUUAUCUGAUAAUAAUGAAGCCAGUCUCGCACUUUGUUUUUUAGUUUUUCAAAACUCUGCAAUUUCAAUCUAUCUCCAUCUUGUUCCAAAAUUUCCCAAUAUUUCGGCCAUUUGGCCUCCAUAUUGAGCUUUUUCAGAGCUUUCGCUUCCAUCGGUGACAGCCACCUUGGGGUUUUAUUUUCCAAUAAGUCCUUGUAUCUUAUCCAAACAUUAAACAAUGCUUUCCUGACAAUAUGGUUUUUAAAUGCUUUAUGUGCUUUGACCUUAUCGUACCACAGAUAUGCAUGCCAUCCAAAUACAUUGUUAAAACCUUCUAGAUCCAAAAUGUCAGUGUUUUCAAGAAGCAGCCAUUCUUUCAACCAGCAAAAAGCUGCUGAUUCAUAGUAAAGUUUAAAGUCUGGCAGGGCAAAUCCACCUCUUUCCUUUGCAUCUGUUAAUAUUUUAAAUUUUAUUCUAGGCUUCUUGCCCUGCCAGACAAAUCUAGAAAUAUCUCUCUGCCACCUCUUGAAACAGUCCAUUUUGUCCACAAUUUGCAAUGUUUGAAACAAAAACAACAUUCUAGGCAAUACAUUCAUUUUUACCGCAGCAAUACGACCCAGCAGUGAAAGCUUCAAAUUUGACCAAAUUUCUAAAUCUUUUUUCACUUCAGCCCAGCAUUUUUCAUAGUUGUCUUCAAAUAAAUUCCCAUUUUUUUGCUGUCAUGUUAAUCCCCAGGUAUUUAACUUUCUUAACCACUGUUAAACCUGUCUCAUUCUGAAACCUCUCUCUCUCCAUUGGUGUUAAAUUUUCUCUAAAACCUUAGUCUUUAACUUAUUCAAUUUAAAUCCUGCAACUUGACCAAAUUCUUGGAUCAGUUCUAAAACCCUUUUGGUACUAGAUUCUGGCUCCUGUAACGUCAAUACUAAGUCAUCUGCAAAUGCUCUCAAUUUGUACUGUUUGGUUCCGACCUGUAUACCUUUAACCAACUGGUCCCUUCUUAUCAUAUUCAACAGAACCUCCAGGACCGAUAUAAAAAGCAAUGGGGAGAUUGGGCAACCUUGUCGUGUCCCUUUUUCUAUCUUAAAUUCUUCCGUCACCACAUUAUUUACAAUUAAUUUAGCCUUUUGUUCAGAAUAUAUUGCACUUAUCAUAGGUCAUCAUUAUAUUGUUGCAGGAUGCAAACUGAUAUGUUGUUGUUUGCCUGAUUCUGCAGGUAGCCUGAAAAAUAAUGAGGUGUGAUCUACCUCAUUCAAUUCCCUGGGGAUGUUAACACAGACAGCUUUUCCUCAAAACAUUUCCUUUGACCUGAAAUCUCUCCUAUUAGUCUAGAGGUGAUUAUUGAGCUUUGCUUUUGUUUUUUUUCUAAAUCUUCAGCUUGGAAAAGUUGUUUUCCGCUCUUAAACAGGGAAUUUCUGCUUUCUCUUGAGAAUAUCAUUUCUAAAAUUCACAUGGCAACUCAGACCAUCUUCUGUUUCAAAGCACAGAAAUGCCAUGCCAUAGAGAGCAUAUUUGUUAGCUAAUGUGACGUCUAUGAUCAUCUGUAUUAGAAAGUAAUAUGUAUAUGCCUUCAUUACUUGGUUCUUUUUCUUUCUAAAGUGCUGUUAUCUUCUUUUGCAGGAAAGUGACAUUUUCUUGCUGGGGACAGACACUUAUAAGAAGAAGAGGAAGCACUCCAAUGAGUACUAUUACAGAGGUAAGAGUGGAAGCAACAUAGGAAGGGAUAUGACAAAGGAGAAAAGUUGAGCAGUGAUUUUAAGGUUCAAUUUGUACUUCUAAGGUUCUGCCAAUAGGCUUUGUGCUUCCUGGAGGUAAAGUGAGAGGCCAGGUCUUUUUCCACAAAGCUUCCAUUCUAAAGAUAGAGAAGGGAGAGGCCAAUCAGUGAAAGGGAGGCAGCUGUAUAUAUUGCAUAUUCACUUUGACAGCUAAUUUAUUUUCAUUUACUUAUAAAAAUAUUUAUAUACCACUGUUCAUAAAUAGCAUCAGAGUAGCUUACAACAGUCACACAUAAAACCAUACAAUAAACAACAAAUAAAAUUUAAAAGUCAGAAAUCAGCUAACUGUUAUGGAAAUAGGCAUUCUGAAUUGCUUGAAUAAGCCUUGUUGAAUAGAAAGGUUUUCAGCAGGCAUUUAAAGGUUGAAACGGAAGGUGCUGAUAAAUCUAUUGGCAGAGUAUUCCACAGGGCUCGGUCGAGGCUUGGUUUUGUAUUGCUGUCAAAUAAGCCUCACCAACUUAUUUGUAAGUCGACUUUCAUACCUGGCCUCCCAUCACAGGUGUCACUGGCUUACCAAUAGGAGAAGAGGCAAGAUCAGCUGUCAGUGUGUUUGUUUAUCACUGCCACCUCCCCUCUCCCAGAACAUUGCACUGACACCACUCACAGGUCAGGUAAGAGCUGCCAACCAUUACUGAAUACACCAGAAACAAAACAGCCUCUUAAAAACCAAUGUGUCCUUAUAUUUCAGCCUCACCAAUUGGCCUCACUGAUUUAUAAACCAAAAUUGAUUUACUGUAGGAUAGCUUCACCCGGACAUGAGGCCCCGAAGUUAUGACGGUGUGCAAGUGAAGAUGCCCUUGUUGUUGGGUAUACUUCCAUUGAUCCUUCUUCUCUGAACUCUUUCAGAACUUUCUUCAUUUGAGUUAUCCCUGCCUUUGGAAUCGUCUGCAAAGAAGAGGAAAAAAGUAGUGACAAGCCCACCCUCUGCUGACACUGCCAUGGAUCUGCUUAAGGCCAUCACCUCGCCUUUGGCCACAAGCUCCAAGUCCUCGAAGAAAACAUCUGAAAAGUCAUCUCAUUCUUCACUCUCUGCCUCUGGCCAUUCAGAAGGCAAGAAGGAACACCACAAGAAAAAACUGAGUGGCAGUAGCAGUGACCUGUCCUUGGAUGAAAGUACUUUCCACAAGUCCAAAAAGGUGAAGCCCCCCUAUGUGAACACUGAAAUGUUGACCUUGCGUGAACCUGAUGGCUUAAAGAUGAAACUCAUCCUCUCACCGAAGGAGAAGGGGGGAAGCACAACGGAGGAGCCCUUUCCACAUCCGUCAGCCACAAAGAAAUCCUCUAAGAAGUCAGCUCGGGACGAGCAGGGAUCAUUUCUCCCAAGUCAUGAUUCGCACGGCUUUUCGAAAUCAUCCCGAAAGAAGCACAAACCACUGGAGAAGGAGCCGCAUCCCUCUCCAGCCGCUGAGAGCUUUAGCCCAGACACACCCCUCUUCCCUGAAGGCCAAAGCAGUGAAUUUGAGCUUUCAAGCCUGGAACCACAAGCGGAAUCAGGUUCCUCCUCUGGAGGUGAACUGGAAGCUGGAGAGCUAGUAAUUGAUGAUUCGUACCGGGAGAUAAAGAAGAAGAAGAAAUCAAAGAAGAGCAAAAAGAAGAAGGACAAGGAGAAACACAAGGAAAAGAAGCAUUCCAAAUCCAAGAAGAGUUCUGGGCUUUCUGGGCUUUCCUCUUCACUGGCAGCAGCAGAAGUAACAGCUCCACUCCCAGUCUCUCCAACCAGUGCGCAGUUUGCCGUUCCUGCCCCUCCUCCUCCACCACCUCCACCGCCACCUGUAUUCCAUACAGAUGGCCAGAGUGAGAAGAAGAAGAAGAAAGAAGAAAAGGAGAAGGUUGAAAAAAUGGACAAAGAAAAGGUAAAAAGGAAAAAGUGGCAGCACAAGUGGGUGAUUAGAAAUGCUGAGGACUGUUGUUCCCAAAAUAGAGGGCUCUAGACUGUUCUUUGCAGUUUUGUUAGUUAACUUCAGAAAUAGGAACCAAAUAUAUAAAUUAUCUUGAUUGUUGUCUUUCUGAACUGCAGAUAAGCAAAAACACUCUAAAGGAGUACACUUCUCCCCCCCCCCAAGGUGUUUAACAUUGAAACAAAUUGGUUUCUGCUUUAGAAAUAUUUAGGUAAAAGUAGCUGGCAGAAGUAGCUAUUUUAUUCAUUGAUGGCAGCCCUGUACUGCCCAGUAGCUGAAGCUCUUUGAGUCAUGUAUAUAAACAUUGAUAAAAUACAGUGAGAAUAGCAAAACAAUUACAGAAUAAAAUAAGAAACUUUAAAAUUGCAGUAUAAAACACCACACCAGAUAAAAAUCAAUAAAAGUUAAAUACAAAUAGGCAUUGAAACUUUUAAAAUCAAAACCUCAAAAUGCACAAAAAACCAGUGUGGAUAAAAAAUCUACAUUUGUAAUAAAUCAGGGGUUUUUUGUUUACACUGCAUUUUAAAAAAAAUAUCUCUACUGUGUUUCUCUUCAAUAAGAACUAUAACUAAAUAAUAAUAACUAAUAAUGACUAAGCCUGAUAGAAGCAUGAUAGCCCUACACAGUGUUAGAAACAGAUAUGAAAGCUAUGAACUAAAUGGCACCUUAAACCUAGGUUAUAGGUGCAACAACGGAAUGUCUAGGUUUGCUUUUUUAAUAACAAUAAUACAAAGCUGAAAAUGAAUGAACUGCAACUAAAAUAUUAUGUUCAUUUUUCACAUGGCUUAGUCCUUCCCCUGCCCACCGCCCUAAUAUUCUUAAGAGGGUCUCUUCUCCGGUCUUCAGAAAGUAGCUGGAAGUGGGGAGGCAGAAAAAGGUCCUCCUUUCUUUCCACUUUGCAGUUUUAAUCUGAAAUCUUAGGCUCAGUACUGCGCCCAGAACUCAGAAGCUGCUCGCUCUAAUGAAAUUCCCUGUCGCAAAAUGCAACUAGAACAAUGGGAGUUUCGAACACUGGCCCUACAGUAAACGUCUAAAUUAAAUCAAUGUCUCUACCAGAUACAGGAUGCUGUCCAACUAAGUUAUGCAGAGUAUACCCAUGGAAAUUAAUAAUACUAAGUUAUGAUGUAGUGAGAUAUAGCCCACACUGAGUUUGAAAAAAAGCUUUUAUGUAAAUGAAAAACCAAUUGGAUCCUUUCUGCAAUAUGAAUAUGUAUACUCUACCUGCCAAACAUAGGCAUAUCAAUUUAACCUAAUGAAAAUAAAUUGCUGUAGUCUGCCCAGUACCUUUCAGACGUCUACCUAUCAAGGUAAGAGUGAAGCAGAGAAGAUCCAUACUGGAAAGAAGAGAAAACAAAAAUGCCCACUGUGCAGUAUAUCCCCAUACUUAACUUUGUUUGUAUACUGUUAUGGGGCUUAUUGUAAGAAAGACCCAAUAUCAGUCAAUCAGUUAUUUUACUUGUAUGCUGCCUUUCUAAAGUUAAACCACACUCAAGCCAUGGUUUACAACAUAUAAAAAAUUACUGGCAAAAGUAGUCAUAAGCCGUAAACAAGACAUCAAAAAGUACACAACCAAAUGGAACCAUUUCCACAUAACUCAUAAGAUACAAAAUAAAGAUACAAAAAAUUAACAGCAACACUCCCCCCCCAAAAAAAACCCCCCACUUAAACAAUGCCUCAGUCCAAGAUUCUGUUCAGCAGCCUCAGCUUUUGUAGCAGGAGUCAGUCACAGCCCUGUCCUCCCAGGCCAGGUAGAGAAAGGCCUGCAAGGCAGGGAGCAAGUCUUCCAGGACUCAUAGCCAAGAUGGUCUAUAUGGGAAGGGGUUAAAUACAUUCUAGCUGUCAGUAGAGAAGGAACAGUGCAACAAAGCGAUGCAAGGCCUAGUUGUAAGAAAGAAAGAGUGGUUUAAAUGGUAUUGUUUAUGACUGCCGCAGCUAGAGUAGUAUAUCAAAAAAAAUGAAAGAAAGAGAUACAAAAGAAAUUUGGCAGAAUAAAUUGAUAGAAUACACAGAAUUAGUAACUGUGAAAUUAAGAAAUAAGGAUGAGUCACAGAUAAGAUGGGUGGAAGUGCUUUGAAGAGUAUCUUAGAGGGUAUAAUAGUCAAUUUAACCUACAAGUAGGAAUGAACACAUAUGAGCAGCAAAUAACACUAAUUAAAGGAAGACACACACUAACUAAAGGAAUGGGUGGAAUAAUAGAAUAUGCAGCUGACAAAAGACUACCAAGAAUGCCAUGGAGAGAGAUGGACUGGAAAGUCUGAAGAUAAGAGAUAAAUGAUGAAUAUUGUAUGAUGUAUAUAUAAGUUGUAAAAAUGCAUUAAAAAUAGUAACAACAAAUGGUAUUGCUUAGUUGUAAAUUAACAUGUGUUAAUAGUCAGAUUCCCACCAUUGUUUAGGAAAUAGGAAGAAGUAUCAGUAGGAAACUUGGUUUAAAUCAGACUUACAUUGACUUUUUUCCUUUUUGAUAUAAAUAACCUUGAUGCUAAGCAAUCUACUGAUUAAAAAUCCAUUAAAAAGCAUGGGAAAAUAAAAGAGUACUUGCCUGGUACUGAAAAGGUUACCAAGUAUGCACCAGACAUGCCUUUUUGAGAAAGAUGAUGCAGUACUGCCACAGAGAAUAUCUUCUCUUUCAUAUCCAUCCUCUGGGUCUCAUUUGGCACUACAACUCAGAGAGGUCUCCAACAAUGACCUCAAGGACUGAGUAUGAAUAUAAGUAGCUAGAUAACAUACAUCAUACAAAAAGUCAGCUUGAAAUUAACCCACUCCUAACUUGUCUAAGAGAAUGCACCAGGAGAUUAUUUUCUUUGGGGAUUUCUAAAGGAGCUUGAAUAUUUUACAACAUAAACUUCUUGCUUUCUUUUUCCUCUUCCUGAUUAGCCAAAGAAGAAGAACAUGUCUGCCUACCAAGUAUUCUGUAAAGAGUAUCGUGUGAACAUUGUGGCUGAGCAUCCAGGAAUAGGUAAUAGAAGUGUCCGGCAAGGUUUGGGAGAUACCCAGUUGUGGCAUCCCGCUUGGACACACUGCACUUCACUUUCUCUCUUUCCCCCUGCAGCCCACCUGUAUACCCCCAAAAUCUGUUCCAAAGAAUUGGGGGACCUUUUGGAAAGGAGAGGCAGGGGAGAGAUAGGUAGGGGAAUGCCUGACAUCUUUACUGGCAUGAUGUUGGAUCCUGCCCACUGGGCCACUGCAAAACAAAAGCACAAGCUGCGGAGAAGAAAUGUUUAAAUGUUUGAAAGAACUCUGUCUGCUCCAGCGAAGGCUCUGUGUUCCCAUUAUGAAUCUGGGCGAUACACUUUUUCAGAAAGCAUAUAACCAAUCAUUCUGGGCCGUCUCUUUGGUAUUAAAGUGGCAGCAGAAAUAAAAAUGGCACUAAGGGUUGUAAUGCAAAUGCCAUUCUUCACUACUUGGUCAAGGUGUGAUUAUCAAGCAGGGCAUUCAAAAGUCCUUUACUCAGGCUCUUUCAAAGGAUUCAAGAUGGCUCUGUGCACAUGACUUUUGGAGCUUGGGGAGUCUAGAUCAGCAUACUUGUCUCCUCUGCAGAACCCCAUGUAAAGGGACUGAAGGGUGUGGUUUUUCCAAACUUAAGAAACACAACCAUAUCAGACCUCCAGAUCCCUGUUAGAAAUGGGCAAUUGUGGCUUAUGUCAUAAACCAAAAAUGAUUAGCACCCUUGUUAGGAACAAACAUGUUAGCAUUUAAAUUGUGAAUACUAGGAGGGUAGGCAGACAUACAAUAUUUUUUCUCUGGGUAGAUGACAGGAUAAAAUGCCACAUAUAUGCAUAGCAGUAGAAAUUACCUUCCAUUCUGCUGUCACAUAUACUCCCAAGCAUAGAAUUCUGAAUUUCUUGGCUCCUGCUCCUUUCCACUUUUUGUCCCAAGUCCUGACCAUAUAACAUGCAUUACAACAUUGUGUGGGAUGGACUAGACCAGCCACUAAUGUAAGGGAGCUUUAAAAAGGGGAUUAGACAAAUUCAUAGAGAAUAAGGCUACUUUUCAUGAUGGCUAUGUGAUACCUCCAGAAUCAGUAUACCUCUAAAUAUUGUUCAUUGGGGAACAAAAGUGGGAGUGGUGCUGCACUCAUGUUCUCCUAGUGGGCUUUCCAUAGACAUGUAGUUGGCUCCUGUGGGGAAAAGUGGUGGGCUAGCUAGGUCUCUGGUGUGUUCCAGCAGGGCUCUUCUUAUGUUCUUGCUCAAAUUCCUCACUGUGAUAUAUUUGCAACUGUUCCAUAGAUUGUUUUUCCAUGUAUGCAGGCAAUAAUGAGAUAUUUUAGCGUCAUAUGUGUUGUAAACAAUGUGUCCUAUAAUGGUUCAAGUAGUUAACUGAAUGUACAUAGAAAAUCUCUGCUUUUCUCUGAAUGGCUUACUUUCUCUGAUUUCCCAUUAGAUUUUGGUGAUCUGAGCAAAAAGCUGGCAGAAGUUUGGAAGCAGCUUCCGGAGAAAGAUAAGCUGGUAAAUAUCUGAUAAACAUUUGUACAGAAAAUGAUACGUGUAGGCAGAAAACUGACUUGGUCCUGGAAUACUGCCACCAUGGUUCUUGUAUUUAUUACCUUCCAAAUCUGUGUAUUGCAUAUCACCUACCCCUGCUUGUGAAUGGGAAAUGUUCGGUAUUGAUUCAUUCAUUCUCUCUCUCUCUCUCUCUCUCUCUCUCACACACACACACACACACACACACACACACACGGCCAGACAUCCUGCUUUACAAUUGCUCCAUCUGUGUGGUUGGACAGCUGAUGUUGCCUUUUUUAACACUAGUUUUGUUUUCCCUAUUCUUUUCAGGUUUGGAAGCAGAAGGCGCAGUAUUUGCAACACAAGCAGAAUAAAGCAGAGGCUACAACAGUGAAGAGGAAAGCAACCUCAUCAGAGGGUGCACCAAAACUGAAAGGUAACCUCUAUAUUCCACUGUUUCUUACAUACCAUUCUUAAAAUGAGGCUGUUCAAGUGUAAGACGAGGGUGUCUGCCAGUCCAUUAUGAGUGUGUGUGUAAUCCAGGAUCUUCAAAGAUCAUCAGUAUUUAUCCCACACAGCUUUAGAUGGCAGACCCUCCAUGUUGCUUUAUGCAGAUGGCAUUCCCUUUGUAUCUUUAUCCAUGCAUAGUAUGAGGGACCCUUUUAAGAUUUUGAAUUCUUUUCAUUUUGAAAAAAAAAGAACAUCUACCUUUGAUCUAUGCUAAAACAAAACUUAUUUUGCUUGAUAAAAGGCCUAGGCAACAUACACAGACAAUAAUUCUAUAGUGGUACCUCGGGUUACAAACACCUUGGGUUACAAACACUUAAGGUUACAAACUCUGCUAACCCAGAAGUAGUACCUCGGGUUAAGAACUUUGCCCCAGGAUAAGAACAGAAAUCAGCGGCGGCAGCGGGGGGCCCCAUUAGCUAAAGUGGAACCUCAAGUUAAGAACGGUUUCAAGUUAAGAAUGGACCUCCAGAACAAAUAAAGUUCUUAACCCGAGGUACCACUGUAAUUUGGAAUACUUUAAGGACUUACAAUAUUUAGGAAUGCAGUUUAAUGAAAAUCAUACCUGGGUAUCCACAGGACUUCCAAACCUAUAAGUAAAGCCAUAUUAAACUAUGCUUGCUUUCAGGAGUUAAUCUAAGAUCUGCACUUAAAUUAUCUUUCUGGGGAAAGUUAUUCCACGUGUGGUAUAUGGUACAGAAUAUAAAGCUGCUCAAAAAAUGCUGUUGGAGCAAAUUCCCAAUAGAUCUGUACAAAUUAGGCCAACAAUGUGAAACCUGAAUAAUUAAGGACAGACUGAUUCUCAGUUUCCUUAAGGCUAUGGCUACUGUAGCUGCAAAACAAUUGAACACGUUUUUGUUUCAACAAGCUUCUCUCUCUGGAUGAAAAGGUGUAAAAACAGUAAAAAAUGAAUACCUAUCUUUUGCUAUUUGUACUAUUUUGAAAACUAUUUUUUAGCUGUUUUGUGGUAUGUUUGUGAAUCAGCUAGAGCCAAAUGUAAGAGAUGAUUCAUAAAUAAAUAAAACAGCAUUAAAAAUAAAGUAAGUUAAAGAAAUAGUGUGGGCUGAACUUCUAUGGCCAUACAGUUUGGCUAUGUAAACUGUGCAGUUGAUGCAGAGUUUUCAUAAUAUGGAAAAUGCAGAAAUAAUUUUUUUACUUUCUGUUGUCAGCUUCUCUAACAGGGGCACUUUCGCCCCAUAAGAAGUCUCCAUCUAGCACUGUAGUGCUGUCUGCAUCACCUGUCAAAGUUCCUGAAACGGAUCCCAUAGAUGUAGCUGCACAUCUGCAAUUGCUGGGUGAAUCGCUAAGUCUUAUUGGCCACAGGCUACAGGAGACAGAGGUAGGUGCAGGAACCUUCGCACACAAAUGUAGUCAUUUCAUUUUUAAACAACAGAGCUAUUUUAGUAACAAAGUUCAGAUAACUAAUUGGAAUAAGCUGAAUUGAACAAGUUUGCCUGUUCUGCAUACUGCAUUCAGUGCCACAUUGAACGAACUUUAUUUGCUCCAAGGGCUCUUAUUUGUGUACAGUCAUACUUCGUGUUACAUUUGCUUCAUGUUGCGGCUUUUCAGGUUACGAACGCGGCAAACCCGGAAUUGUUUACUUCCGGGUUCGCAGCACGCGUGAAGCGAUCUGCGCUCUAUCGCACACACGCAGUAGCGACACUCUACUUACGGACUUUUUGGGGUGCGAAUUGUGUUUGUAAGUAGAGGUACCACUGUAUCAAGACUCCACUUUUGCAGGUUAAUCAAGCUUCAUUCCUGAGUUGCCAUCAUUAAAAAAAAAAUCUCAUGGUUUCCAAUUCUAUAAAUAUAUAGAUAUUUGGUUGAACUAAGGUUUAUAUAUAUAUAAAGCAGAAUAAAUGUUUUCCAAAAUACAUAUAAGACACAGCUCUUGCUUGGCUACUGCUGUGUUUGAGGGAUUAGAUGGAAACUGUUGAUCACAUUAGUCUAUUAUACAAACUACCCGCAGCCAUUUCAUGGCAUCAUUCUGGGAUGACUGCCUGUGCAGAACAAGAUGACACGCCCUGCAUUACUGCUAAUGACAUUAAAUUAAAAUGCCCAAAUGGGGAUUUUGGCAGCUACCCAAACAGUUUGCCCUGAAAUGAUGAAUCCAUUAAGAGUGAAAAGCUCUUGCAUUGUAAAGUAGCAUGAAGUAACAAUCCACCCAAAUUGAUUUUACCCUCAUUUACUAGUUUAACUACAUUUUGUGUCUGGGUAUACAAUUCCUGAGUACAUUUCCCUUUAUUCGUAUUCUUUAUUUAUUUACUUUUUGCUUUCAGGUGAUUUUUUUGUUUCCAACUUUGUUUAUAUGACUUACUUCUGCUACAGUCAGGCUCUGUUUCUGGGCUUCCCAUGGGUAUGUGGUUGGACACUGAAUAGAGACCAGAAUGGUCUGAUUCAGCAGGCUCCUCUUAUGUUCUUAGUAGAAGACGGGUUUCCCCAAAGUUAUGUCUCUAGCAGUUUUUGGACUACAAUUCUCAUCAUCACUGGUCCUGCUAGCUAGGGAUGGUGGGAGUUGUAGACCAAAAAGCAAACAAACAGCUGGAUACCCAAGUUUGGGAAACCCUGCUAAGAUAUGAAACUGAGAUCUAUUGCCUCUGAACAUGGAUGUUUAACAGCCCAGGGGUGUGGAUCCUUAAGCCCAGGGGCCAAAUGCAACCCUCCAGUCCUGUCCGUGAAUCUUGGGACUCUCCCCAGCCAUACACCCUCUUCCCCAGCGAUGCCUCUCGCCAGCCCUGCUUGAUAGACUUCUUGCUUGUUUUUGUCUGGCUGGAAUGAGUCCUUGAACUCUGAUAAGGACUUUUGCAUCCUGGAUGGGCCCUCGAAGGGGGUGUCAAAAAAACCAGCCUCUUGUACAGAGAUAAGAUUUACAUUAAUUGUUCUGCCCUUUACUAGAAUGUGUCCCCUGCCCCUCCCUGAACAGAAAGAAGCCCUUGAGCUGGAAAGGCUUUCCAACCCCUCAUAUAGCCAUUAAUUUGUGUCUUGUAGUCAUGAUGACUAUAUGGAAGCUCCAGGUACAGUGCACAGCAGGACAGCAGCAGCACAUCAAACAUUUAAGCAUCACAGUAAGGAAGUACAGGGUGGGAGCACAUUACUGGCAUCUUGCGCAAAGCUGCUUUGUCAUCUGCUGUGUUCCCAUAUUUAUCAUUCUGCCUGGUGCUUUAAACAUAGGGCACAGGGUUGCAGCCAUGGUGUGUUGAGUAGAAGUGGCCAGAAAUAACUUCAAAAAUGAGAAAGUAUAUCUUCCAUCUCUGUUCUUUCAUUCCUGCAUUUGAGCUUCAUCUUUGCUAAGGGAAGAGCACUGUUAGAAUUCUUGCUCCAUGAUUGCAGUCAUGGGAUUGUUGUCUUUCACAUGACGGUGUAUGUUUUGACUCCACAGAGUGGGAAGUGAUGGAGACAGGAUGUUUGUGUUACUGUGUUCCAUGAAGUGGGACUAUUGUCCUUUGUUCUUUUCCUCUUUGCUAUCUGAUGCUAGAGAGAGAGGAAGCCAUGUUGCAGUGCUCCGGGUGUGUUUAUAUGUAAAGUCGAUUAGCCAAAAUGCUGAGUUGCAGAGGUCUGUCACGGAAUUGCGCAGACUCUGCGAAUCCCUAAGUGUCGAUGUCUGUUGGGAUCGGUCGCUGUGAUGUUCAGGCUGAAGAAAGCUUUUGAAGCUCCCGAACGACCAGGAGGGAGAAAACAUGCCAGUUGGGCAUGUGUCUCUGCCAGAGUCCUACUCGAGAGUAGGACGACCUCCUGACAAGCGCUUCAAUAAGCAAAUCACGGUUGCCAGCUCCAUGAGAAUGAGAGAAUCUGUGCUGGGCUUAAGACAAAGAUAACAAACUGACAUCGAGACAAAUCUCUUACUACUACUACUACUUCCUUUUUUCCUUCCCAGGGUAUGGUAGCUGUAUCAGGAAGUUUAUCAGUGCUCCUGGAUUCAAUCAUUUGUGCUCUAGGCCCUUUGGCAUGCCUGACGUCCCAGCUCCCUGAACUAAAUGGCUGCCCCAAACACGUUUUGGUGAGUUCUGUGUUGUUUUGGAAUGCCAAGGUCUCACACUAUUUCUUACAGCUUCCCUCUGCCCAUGAAAGGCAUGGUUUUUGCCAUAAUUGUAGCACAUAUUCAGCACUUUGCUUUAUAUGUAGGAUACUCCUGUGUUAGUACCCCCUUCUCUCACAGCUUAAGGAAUUUAUAGAAAGGAAAUGCUGAUUGAACUUAACAGGAUUCAAGUUGUCUUAUUUUCCAUCUGCCCUUCUGCACAAUCAUGUAUUUUUAGUCCUGGAGUAGCCAGUGUGGUGCCUUCAAGCUGUUGUUGGACUGCAACUCCCAUCAGCCCUAGCAAGCAUGGUCAAUGGUCAGUAACAAUGGAAGUUGUAUUCUUUACAACAUAUGGAGGGUGCAAUACUGGCACCCAUUGGCUGGGUUGAACAUGCAGUUUGUAUGUAAUUUGUUGGUAGUGUCCACAUGUCUUCCUUGUUGCACUUCAGUCCCACCUUUUCCUGUGUUCAAAGCACACUUUAUUUGUAUGUGAGAUGAUGCAAUAUACACUCCAUACCAGAUUUUGUAUUCAUUGUAUAUACAUAGAAUAUUUAGAGGACUAGUGUGGUGUAGUGGUUAAACUGCUGGACUAGGACUUAGGAGUAAAAGGUAAAGGGGCCCCUGACCAUUAGGUCCAGUCGUGGCCGACUCUGGGGUUGCGGCGCUCAUCUCGCUUUAUUGGCCGAGGGAGCUGGCGUACAGCUUCCGGGUCAUGUGGCCAGCAUGACUAAGCCGCUUCUGGCAAACCAGAGCAGCGCACAGAAACGCCGUUUACCUUCCCGCCGGAGCGGUACCUAUUGAUCUACUUGCACUUUGACGUGCUUUUGAACUGCUAGGUUGGCAGGAGCUGGGACCGAGCAACAGGAGCUCACCCCGUCGCGGGGAUUCGAACCGCCAACCUUCUGAUCGGCAAGUCCUAGGCUCCGUGGUUUAACCCCCACCCGUGUCCCUCUAGGACUUAGGAGACCAGGGUUCAAAUCCCAACCCUGCUCUGCACCUCACUGGGUGAUCCUGGGCCAGUCAUAGAAUUGUAUGGACCUGAGCCCUUUCUAGCCACUGUCUCUCAGCCUAACAAUUCUCAGGGAUGUUGUUGUGAUGAUUAAAUGAGAAGGGGCAAAACUAUGUACGCCACCUUGAGCUCAUGGGGGGGAGGAGGUGGGAUAUAAAUAAAUAAUGAUUUUGUUAUCAAAAGAAAGCUUGUGUAAAGUAAAAAAUAAAAAAAGAGGAUAGUGCAUGAGAGGUGGUGGCAGGCUCAAGUUCACCUAAUGAGAAUUGAACCCAAGUCUUCCCCCAUUCUAAACUAACCCUUUAACCAUCACAGCACAUUGGCUGUGGAGCACCUAAUUAUGUGGAGAGUUGCUUCAUUUGUCCCAGGCAGCUGAAAUAUUUAUUAAAGGCUGUUCCUCCUGCAACCUGCUGUUACUAUUUUCUACCAGCAGGCGGCUGUGUUAUGUAAGAACUGCAAUUUUAUAAAAACAUGUCUUGAAUUUAUUUUAAAUAUUCAUAUCCUGCCUUUUCUAGGAUGCUCAAGGCACCUUCCAUGUUAAAAAUUAAAGCACAAUGCAGCAAGCUAAUAAAUUCAGUGCUAAAAAGCAGAAAAUUAGUAAAACUUAAUUCUGAGCAGCAGUCCAGUUUUACUAACCAUGGUGAAUGUUCCAUUGUCCUUUCUUCUCCAGCUUGGAGUUGAGGAAGCAGUGGGGAUCAUCUCUUAAGACUUGCAAUGAGUUUUGGGGGUUACAACAGAAGUACAGAAAGAUAUCUGUUCCCCUUUCCAGUUCCACAGAGGGCUGAGUCUUGCCAUUUUGAGUCUCUGUGAUCAGUAUGAAGCCUUUGGCUCUGGGGGGCGAGGUGACCGUUUUGGCAAUGAGUAGCAAAGUUAAAACACACUGUCAGUGACCCAGUCUUACUGUCUACUCAGACAUGAAUUAGAUAGGACCUAACUGCAAUCUUAGGGGUAGUUUCCUGGGAGUAAACCCCUGCAAGCAUCAUGGAGCUUAUUGCUCAUGUGCUGAAAGUCCUGAGGACCUCAGAUUUUGGUCCAGCUACCAAGACCAGCCAAAUGUUGUGGCCCUGGCUUCUAUAGAAUUGGGUGCCACAAAAUCAUUGGUGCUGAAAUAUUUCUUUAUUGGCUUAGUGACAGCUAUCAAAGCCCAGGGCAAAUGAAAAUAUUCCCCAGUACCUCUGAAAGAUCCACAGGCUUUUGUGCAUCUCCAAAGGAAGCACUCUGUCUACCUUUGUCAUGUCUUUAGGUGUUUGGUUUUUCCUAAGUCAUUUGUUCUGCUGCAUUAAUGUCAAAGGCAUGCUUGGUUUUUUUUUAUAAGAUACUGAUUCAAUUUAAUAUUUCUCUCUCUCCCUCUCUCCCUCUCUCCCCCUGGCCACCUUUCCAGUCAAACACAUUGGACAACAUUGCAUACAUCAUGCCUGGACUCUGACAGGAAAAGGAUAAUGGGAAGUGACGUGCUGCCAAGUAACUGAAGUGUGUACAGAUACACUAUCCUAGUUCUUCCAGAGGACAAUGUAUAUAGGGCUUUGAGUUUUUCUGUCUGUAAUAUAUCAAAUAGAAUUGUAACUAUUUUGCUUGAUUUUACGAAAAGUUUCAACCGUAAUUUGUGGGAAUCGGUUUUGUCUCAGAUUGGAUGUCUCUACAAUUAGAGUUGGGAAAUAUUUUGAUAGAUUAGCCUUAAUAUGGUUGGGUUUGAUUUUUUUUUAAUGAAUUGGUUUUACUUGGAAAAGUCAAGCAAGUUUGGUUGAAGUUUGGUUGGCUUGCAUGUUGUUAAAAUUACGCUGGGAAAGAAAGUUGAGGGGAUAGUGUUUUGCUGAGGGCUUGUGCUGGCACCAGGAAUCCUCAUUAAAUCUUCCAGUUGUAAGUAGGUUGCUAAAUACAGAUUCAGGUGUGGUGAGUGAAUUCUCAAAUUCUUAGGAGAAACAAGGUCUUCUUAAUAUGGAUAAGUAGUAAAUCCUAGUGAAAGCCUGCAUCACUUUUUCACAGGUUGUAACUAAUCAAUGGAUUGUGGUAUUUUAAAACUGUGCUGGGAUAUUCUAAAGAGGAGGAUCUACAAGCCCUACCUUCAACUCCUCCUGAUUUUAGCUAAUUUCUCUUCCCCUCUGCUAUCUCUCUACCCGCACCCCCAGUACCCUUCAAAAACUAGUACCUAAGGUAACACCAUAAAAGACUGAGGGCCGGGGCUCCUCCAGCUCCCUUACAGUUCACAUACUGAUUUAUAAUUGCUUAUCACCAGCAGUGAACUGACGUGGUCCUCCCCUCAUGGUGCUGAAAUGUGUGCUGUAGAGGCAGUGAUUAAGCUGAAAUUUAAGGGCUUUUAGCUGAGAGGAAGACAAUGAGAGGGCAGGUCCUUUAUCCCAGCCACAGGAUUUAGCACUUUGAGUGCCUGUUGCUCUUUGAGGAAGUACUUCUCUCACACCUAGGAUGAAGUGUGGCAUUUUUAACAUGUGUAUUUACAUUUUCAUAUACUGCAUCUGUAGUAGAUUAAUUUAUAUUGUAUAUUUCUGUAUAUAGCUAUAAUGAAAGCAAAAAUUCCCUCCACCAACCAUGUAUGGAAAACGAGAACUAUGUGUUUUUACCUGGAUACCCUGCCAGAAUUGCAUUUUAUCUGCCGUUUUCAAGCAUAGGCUGACAAUGAAGGAAAUAGCGGUGGGAUUUGGAUGGUGGAUGGAAACAAAAAUUGAAAACUUUAUAUUCUGCCCUAAGUUCCCUUGCCACUUGUUAUUUAGAAAACUGAAAAGUGGCAGACAGUGGGAUAAUUUUGGUUCCAGGACUAGCCACAAAUUCCAUGUUCUGUCUUCAGACCCCUAGGGUGGUCUUGGCAGUUUAAAAGCCCCUACCCACAUUCCGCCCAGCUGGCUCAAGCCCAGUAGGAAAUUGACAAUGGCAAUAGAACCACCUUUGCAUUCCACAUACUCCACCCACUUUAGGAUCACAGGCUCAAUGUAUGAAAACUAUUUCUGCCCACUUUUUCCAAACUUCUUGGCAACGUUUUAAUAAAAAAGUUCUCACUUUCUUCACAAGUUUUCCCUAGUUAAUCCCAAGGGGGACAGGCUAGCUGUAUUAGGUGCUAUUCUGUAAACAAGCCCAUGUGCUGGGAGCUAACAUCUUGAUUUUUACAGAGCCUUUUGUGUCUCAAGUAACAUUUGAGUGGUGAAGAGAAUCCAGGCACAAUCACUUUAAACCUAGAUAAUUGUCAGAAACUUCCUUUGAGUCAAACAGUCAAAGGGGCUCUACUUCAGUUCUGCCAUCUGCACUAUGGCAAACUUGACUUUGUAAAAGAUAAAUGUACUGAUGUAUUUUUAUUUAAAAUUUGUAAACAUUUGUAUAAUGUGUGUUGUGUGACAUUUGGUACUGGAGAGCUUUGGAUAUACUCCUCAUACUUUUUUACAUUUGUUAUUUCCUGCCAUGUAGUCCAAAUUGCAUUGUAUAAAUGUUUUGCUAAUGUAUAUAAACUUUUUUAAAAAUCAGAA